AUAUGACAGGAGCAGGAGAUAAGAAAUCUAAAAAACUGAUAAGAGUGAUAAGGAAACAAACUUUGACCUUCGUAAGUUCGUCAUGUAUUUACUUCAAUAUAAGUUGUUGUUAAAUGGUGAAAGACUUUAUAACACCGGGCUAUUUCACAAGAAUUGGUUGUUCCUGUGAUAACAAACAUACGAAAUGGCAAACGUUAUUCUUCUUCAAUCGCCGCCACCAAAGUUAGAAGAUGUACAAAAGAAAGUGUUUAGCGAUGGAGCUUUAGAGUUUUUGGCUAAUUUACACAAGGAGUUCGAUGAAGAAAUCAACCAUUUGUACGACAACCGACAAAAAAGGGCGAUGGACUUACAGUUACUAGACUUUAAGAAAUCACCUGAAAGGUUGGACAGAUCGUGGACUAUUGCGCCGUUGCCGUUGAGACUUCAAAAUCGUCAUUUAGAUCUCGGGGAUGUAUCUCCCACCAAUACAGCACAUUUUGUCUCCGCACUCGAAACCGACGUCCAAGGCAUCCAAGUGGACUUUGAUGAUGGACAUUGUCCGACAUGGCGCAACCAGCUCAUAGGCUACCAGAACAUCUACUUGGCAGUGAACGGGAAGCUGCAGGGCGCUCCGAUGAGCAUCAGUAUGUGCCCUGUGCUUAUGCUGAGGCCAAGGGCUUGGAAUAUCAUUGAGCACAAUAUACUGAUUGAUGGCAAAGAAGCAAUAGGACCACUUGUAGACUUUGCAAUCCUUAUGUACCACAACGCUAAAAAACUUCAUGAAGCUAACAGCGGACCAUACUUCUAUCUAUCCAAACUAGAGGGCGCAGGUGAAGCCAAACUAUGGAAUAGCGUAUUCGUAUGGGCGCAGAAACAGUUAGACAUUCCUCAAGGAACUAUAAAAGCUUGUGUUCUGAUUGAGAAUAUUGUUUCCACAUUUGAAAUGGAAGAGAUCCUUUAUGCUCUGAGGGAACAUUCUUUGGGGCUUAACUGUGGUAUCUGGGAUUAUUGUGCAUCUAUUAUUAGUAAAUUCGGCAGUCGCAAAGAAUUCCUGCUCCCCGACCGUAACAAGUACGUGAACAUGUCCCGGCACUUCCUGAGCUGCUACCUGCGCCUAGUCGUGGGCACGUGCCACGCGCGAGGAGCGCCCUCCACGGGGGGCAUGGCUGCCUCUAUGCUGAAACCUGGUGCCACAGCUCAGGACGGAGAAUCCAAAGAGAUAAUAAACAAGAUUCUGGAUUCAAAGCUUAAAGAAAUCGAGGCAGGAGUCGAUGGUUUCAUGGUGUAUGACUCGAGAGUUGUGCCCUUCGUAAAUGAGCUUUGGAACAAAAACAGUCCAACCCCCAACCAGAUAUCCAAGCAGCUGUCCCUAAAUAUAACUGCUGAAGACCUUCUAACCAUACCCAGCGGAGGAGUCACCAUGCAAGGGUUGAAACAUAACGUGGCGGUCUCCAUACUGUUUAUAUACUACUGGUUGGCUGGCGUUGGACAUUUCUUCUAUAGUGGCAAUGUGGAAGAUUCGGCCACUGCUGAGAUUUCUAGAACGCAGAUUUGGCAGUGGAUUCGGUUUGCGCCUUACCUAGAAGACGACCCGAAGAAGCAAGUGACAGCUGAACUGGUAGAGAUUUCCGCCGCGAGCUUCGCUGCGCACGCGCACAAGAACCUCUGCCGAUCUAACGCUGAGAAGAAAAGACUCACAGCGGCGAGGUACAUGAGCAUGGAGUUGUUCCUGGCGCGGAACCCGCCGGAGUUCAUCACGAGCUUCCUCAAUGAUAACCACAAGUUCCGGACGCUGCAUAACAAGGCGCUGCUGAGCAACCUUUAACAUUUACUUAUCCUCCUAAGUCCUGCGGUACCAAAUUUUGUACAUAAUAAAAUUCACCCGUCAGUCCCAGCAUUAAGUAAGUUACUAUAGCAAUAAACACCGAUAGUACAUAUUUCGGUACAAAAUUUUUAGAUGCCCCCCGCUUUCAAAUUUGAAUGCUCGCGCGGAAUAUUCUGACAGUCCAUAGAGUUGUAAAUAGUCCGUUCAGGACUGACAGCAAAUAUUUAUUAUGUGCAAAAAAAUGAACAUGAGGCCUCUAGGACUAUGACGUUUAAAAAAAGCUGGGACUUAGGAGGCUAUAGGUAGACAGGGGUGCGAAACUCCUAGCUUCGCGCAAACUCGGCUCCGUUCGGCUCAGCAUUGCUCCGAGUAUUGGCACAACUUGACGUCCAUUUGCGUGCACGACCACAGAUAAGAUAAUGACCUGAAUUUUGACAACCCUAAAUAGCCGAAAUGGAUAAAGUCGUCAAUAGAACUUGCAAACAAUGUCAAACAAACUGUUUUACCUUCAUUACUUCGUAAUCUCGCUUUUUAAAAGGACAACCAUCACCUUAUCAACAGUCUAUAUACUGAAAUAUUUUAUUUAUAUAAAUUUUUACUUAAAUUAAAUGUUAAUUAUUAAUAUUUCAGCGAAAAUAACCUUCGUAAAAAUGUUAGGUUAUGUGUCAAACGCUAAGAAAAUCUGUCAUGUUUGUUUAGAUUGUUUGCAAGUUCUAUUGACGACGACUUUAGUGCCAUAUAUAGAAAGGGACAUCAAAGGGUCAUGAAUCAUGAUUCGACCCUGAACCGCUGUCAAACUUCGGUUUUGUAGGAAGUUUUCUUUCUGUACGGUAGUACUAUGUAUUAUUAAUUCUGUGCUAUGGGUGUGUAUGUUGCAGGUUUUCAAAAAGUCGGUAAAGAUUCACGCAAAAUUCAGGAACAUUUUACAAAAAAUAUAGGAAUUUUUAGUUUAGCGACCGAAUGGGCACCACAGAUCACCCGAGGCAGAGGCAGGCCAAAAAGAUGGCAAGACUGGCAAGACGACCUGUGCCCUGUUUAUCAAAAGCUUGUAAUACAAGCGGAACUCACUUUUUGACAGCUUUUGUUAGAGAGGGACUUCCACUUGUAUUACAAGCUACAAGCUUUUGAUAAACAGGGCUCUGGACUCUUUUUGUGGCGAUUGGCGGGAGCAUGCACAAAGCCGCGGUAAGAGCGUGCGACUUGCAAUCCGGAGGUCACGGGUUCAAACCCCGGCUCGUACCAAUGAGUUUUUCGGAACUUAUGUACGAAAUAUCAUUUGAUAUUUACCAGUCGCUUUUCGGUGAAGUAAAACAUCGUCAGGAAACCGGACUGAUCCUAACAAGGCCUAGUUCGCCGUUCGUUCGAUCGCAAUAAGGCCUAGGUUAACCUCUGGAUUGGAAGGUCAAAUGGCAGUCGCUUUCGUAAAAACUAAUGCCUACGCAAAUUCUUGGGAUUAGUUGCCAAGCGGACCCCAGGCUCCCAUGAGCCGUGGCAAAAUGCCGGGACAACGCAAGGAAGAUGAUGAAGUACUCUCUAGUACCAUAACAUAAAUAUGUAGUGUAUACAUGGUGUAGUAAAAUGAAAAUACAUGUUAUGAAAUUAAGCUUCACCAUAAGUAUUGUACAGUCGCCAUCAAGAUAUAUCGGAGCGG